CCAAGAAAGCGUUGCUACCAUCCAGCCAUCAUGCUAGCUGAAGAAGUCCUGUGUAACUAGCUUUGCUAACUCAUGCAAUGACAACUUGGGUUAUUUUCUUUAAGUGUAUUAUCGUCUUUCAUGGAUACUGGGAUCUAGAAUGGAAACAACAACUUGGGUGUGAAGGUCGUUGUUUUCUUUGCUAAGAGAGGACCCGAAAGGACAGCUCCCUCGGUUAACUAGCCAGUAAGCUAGCGCGGCUAACCGUAACACACUGCCUGCCAUCACCACCAGCAAAACAGACACCAAGCUAAGUCCACAAGUCGGCGUUUAGACGUUGGAAAUUUCCACCAUUAUCAUGGAAAAGGCUGAUUUCUUGAAAGGACUUCCUGUCUACAAUAAGAGCAACUUCAGCAGGUUUCAUGCAGACUCUGUUUGUAAAGCAUCUAAUCGGAGGCCCUCUGUGUACCUUCCAACUCGUGAAUACCCCUCUGAACAGAUUAUUGUAACAGAGAAAACCAACAUCCUCCUGCGUUACCUCCAUCAGCAGUGGGACAAAAAGAAUGCAGCAAAGAAAAGGGAACAGGAACAAGGUGAGGGUGACAGCCCAGCACCCCCAAGGAAGAUCGCCAGGACAGAUAGCCAAGAGAUGAAUGAGGACUCAUAAGUGUGUGUGAGAAUGUGAGUGUGUGUGUGUUUGCAUAUACAGGGUAUAGCCAGUGUAAACUUACAAAAACAAAGGAUAAUCCCACCUGAACAAAGACUUCAUUCUGCACUAUGGCAGGAUGCCUUUCUUGGCGUGAAAUUAGGGAAAAUCCUGUCAACAAAGCAGCCAUUUAUGGUGUAAAGAUUGUGUGCAUGAAAGUGAUCAGGAAAGCUCUCAAAGACACUGACAGAACAGAGUUGUUGUCAGGUAGGGAACUUUAUACUAGUGGGUUUUUUUUAAGUUUAUGUUGGCUAUUCCUUGUGUGGUUUAGUAAAGGUGUACAUGUUUGUAUGCAUGCUGAGCUGUGAGUGCGUAUUGUGCUGUACUAUAUGUGUGGGGUGAAUGAAUAGUUUAAAAGGUGUCAGAGUAGAUUUAAGAUCAGAGAUGGACUUGACAGAUAAAGUCAGACACUACCGUUAAAAACAGUCUUAUAACUGUUACAUGACUUGUGUAGCCUUCUGUCACAUGGAGAGACUGUCCUGAUUUGUGGAAAAAUAACAUUUUGUUACUGUUUUAAUUUUAUUAUAACUAUUAUUGUUUAUGUAUGGCAAUGAGCUUCCUGCCAGCCACAGUGCCCACCCUCUCGGUUUCACUGCCCACUCUGCGACCUGAUGGGGGCAUUGCAACAUUUCUCCACACUGUUUGAAUCAACAGCACCAAGAACGCACUGUGAAGAACAGCACAAAGUAGAAACAACUCGUUCAGAAUCCCUCUUAGAUGUGUGUUUAUGGUGAAUAUGCAUAUCUUUAUCUUAUUCUGGGACUUGUGCUUGUAGGAUAAAUGUUGUGUUGGUGUUUCUGAGAAAUACUUUUACAUCUAGCCCCACCUUCUGGCUAAUUGAAGAUAGUAAAAAUGGGGAUUUCUAUUAGGUUUAGCUGUUCUUUCAUCAAAGGAUGUAAAAGAAAAAGAAGGAAAAAGUUUAGCUUAAAUGUGGAGUUGUAAAUUGGAACGUUGGAUUUUCAGUUGCACAACAAGGUAACAGCACAGAUGGCAAAGAAAAAUAUGUAUAGUAAUGUAUGGAAAAGGGAAAAAAGAAUACAUUAUGAUGUGUGUAAAUAAUUACUAGUACCACAAUUAGUUUAUCCAAUGGAGUAUCUUUGUGUCUGCCUUUUUGUAAAAUAACACAUGCCCAUGGAUACGAUAGAAAAUUACCUUUGUGGACAUAAAGCAAAGAGCCCUGGUACCCACUGGAUGUUGCCUUGCAUGUUGACAGCUGAGUAUUAUAUUCCUGGAGCAGUAAUAAAACCUAAGGGGUGUUGGGGUUGUGGCGUUAUCUUGUGUGACUGUAGUAAGUAUUAGCCUAUAGGCCUUACAACCUGUCAUCGUGGUUCAGACCCUUUUGCUCCCCCCCAGCUCAGGGCCCAGGACAGCUGUACUGUCUCUGUGACAGUCCUGGAUGGUUUUUGUCUGAGAGCAGGCUUAGGUGAACAUGGGGGUGUUUAAAAGGGUGUUAUAUUUUCAGCCGUAUAAUGCACAAUAAGCAUGCACAGCAAAGUGCAGUUGCCAUCCUGCCUUGUUCCUGACAUGUAGUGUGUAUUGGUGUCAUACACUGUACAACACUGAAUUAAGCUUUUUUUUUUUAUGUUCUGAUCACUGCCCAGCAGAGUCACGUCGACAAUGUGGUCAGUCAUCUUCCUACCUACAGUGUAAAUACCGUCUGUUUCUGAAGCGUAGAAUCACAUUAUACUUCUGCUCAGAUAGACUGUUCUACAACACCCUAAGCCUUGCCCCAUCUCAUGUGUGUUAGUUUGGAUAUGUUCUUUUUAGCUUUGCUGAAAUAAAACUGGAUUGAAACUGG